AUGCCCCUGUGAUGUAUGUGUGACUGUAGAUUAGGCAUGGCGAUAAUAUCAAUUAAUCAUGCACAGAAACGGGCGGUAUCCAUCAAAUCAAUAUUUAGCGUAGAAUUGUGAAGACAUGAAAAAUCAAUUAGUAAUGCUAAUAACAUGUAUCACCGUAUUGUUGAACACUUGAAAAACCCAGUGCCAUGCCAGUCUACAAGUUUAAUACUACUACAUAAAUUUAAACCGAAACGUAAUUAGCAAAUCUUACUUACUACACAAUACAGAUACAUCCUAAAUAUUUUUUAUUCUUUUUUUCACGAUUCCUUGUUUGUCUAUUUUUCUUAACUCAGUUUCCAGCUCAAUAUUCACGCGGCUGAAGAAUAGAUUCCUUAAUUACCAUAUAUAAUUCAAUGUAUGUAGUGUGAAUGAUUUCAUAUCCAGGUGGAAACUUGCCCAAUCUAGUGUGAAUGAUAUCAUAGGGAGUUGAGAAAACCAUUCCUAAUACAAACAAAUUAAUAGAGAUAUAAUAAUGCAGAUAGCUACCUCGUCUGCCUUGCACUUGAUUAGCUAAUGAUGAAGUUGACUUUUAACAUCCUAAUUCAUAAUGGUUUGUGGUUUCUCCUUCUGUUAGCUAGUAAUUAGUAUUUGCUGAUUUAUUAAUUAAUUAAUCAUCUCCACACCACACCACACGGAUGCUUGCUUGUCACUAAAUUUGGCACGAUUGGCCGGCGACAAUUCUUUCUUCUAUAAGUUGUCACUAGCUAUAGCUCUCUCUUCUCUCUCCUCUCUCUUUGGGAAAUUAGUCAAGCAACCUCAGUUACAUGUAUCAUGUGUGGGAACUACAAAUUACAAAUUAUCAUGGGAAGCACGUUCAAGAAGUGGCCUACCACAUUGAAAAACAAAGCAAAUAAACAAAAUAGGGAAUCAAUGCCCUUUAGAAAAACAAAUGGUUCCACCUAGUUCGUCUGGUUGCCGCCUUAUUCUUUGUAUAUAUAUGUAUGUACAGCCAGCCAGUUUUGCCACCAAAACCAAUAUUGUCAACAAAAUGAGUAGAAAAUAUGCAAGAUUGUGUGGUGGCCGUCCCACUCUUUGUCUUCCGAUCCAUUCUCUGUCUCUUCGAUCGAAACACACCUCCAGACGAAGUUCUGGUUCGAUCAAAACUGAUCAUAACAGCACAGAAUUCUUGAACAAUAGCAGCGGCAAGGAUGAUUUCAGUGCUGACAAUUUGAAAAGAGGGUCGUCUGAAGUUGGGAAUAAGAUAAUGGUUGUGGUGGAUCCAAGCCUUGAAGCUAAGGGUGCUCUUGAAUGGGCCCUGUCACACGCUGUACAAACCCAGGACACCAUUGUACUUGUUCAUGUAGCUAAGCCCUCCAAACAAGGUGCAGAGUCAGAUGGGAAGAUCAAUUUGAGGGCUUUUGAACUUCUUCACUCUAUGAAAAAUGUGUGUCAAAGGAGAAGGCCUGGGGUGGAAGUGAAGGUAGCAUUGCUUGAAGGGAAAGAAAAGGGACCAAUAAUAGUGGAAGAAGCAAAGAGACAAAGGGUGUCCCUGCUCGUUCUUGGCCAAAAAAGAAAGAGGUCAAUGUGGUGGCAACUCAUCAAGAGGUGGACAAGGAGCAGAUCCUCCGGCGAGGUAACUGUCGAAUACUGCAUCCAAAAUGCUGCUUGCAUGACGAUUGCCGUGAGGAGGAAGAGCAAGAAACUUGGAGGCUACUUGAUCACCACUAAGCUUCACAAGAAUUUCUGGCUUCUGGCUUGAUUUGAAAUAAAAAAAAGACGCUUUUAUUUAUUGGGCUCCGUUUUGUUAGAUAAGUUAAGCAAUGUAGAAUCUGUGUUUUUGGUAUUGUGGUGUGAUGGGGUUGUGCAGACAAGUUAAAAAAGCACUUCUCUGCCCAUACAA